AUGGCCUCUUCGCGUCGCUGCGCCCAAAACGCGCGCUCCUCACCGGGUCUCCGGACGGCGAGGUGCGUCACAUUUGGGGUGGUCUGGCUGGUCUUCAGCAGAUGUACCUGGACAUACCUCCAGGUCUCCAAGGACCAAGGCCCUGCUGCCCCAGUGGAGCCCCGAAACGCCGGGCGCGGGGGUCUGCGCACAGCGUCGAGCCCUGCAGAGCUAGGUCGAAGAGCAGCAGUUCUUGGAAGUGUUUGGCCACUAACCUCGCAUGCGGAGGUGGUGAAAAGCCAAAGCGUCGACCGUGCGGCGCUGAAGAACGGCUUGCAAUUUCCGAAGGCGUCCUUCGGCCUGCCCCUUGGCGAAACUCGGGAAGCAGAUGACGGUUGCUCCGAUGUGCCCAACAAUGGCCCUAUGAUCUUUACCUUAUUGCUGGAUUUGGGCGGCUGA